GAAUUAUCUUGGCUAUUGGUUAUCCCAAAACUGGUGCUUUAGUUUCAUUAGUUGGUACUGUUGAACAGAGAGUAUAUGAAAAAAUGAAGUUUUAUCACUUAAAGGAAAAAAACCCGGGUGAUUUGGAAGAAGGCUUGUCUAACAUUCAACGAUCAGAACAGGUUUUGGUUGAAGAAUCUGAGGAAAUAGAGUCACAAACUUACACAUCACAUACCUCAGAUGAAUUUCCUUUGC